GGGCAGCGGAAUUUGAUUUGAGAAGAUACAUAUGGAUCUCUGAAAGAAAUAAUUUCCUUAAGGAGGGGACAGAAACAUCCCAACCGGCUUAUUUUGGCUGCAGCUGUUUCUCCUUUGAUGGAAAUCGUUGUGACACUUGAACCUUGCAUUUCAUAAGGAGUCUAGGAAUUAGCUAACUGCCUUUGAUAGGGGGUGCUGUGUCUUUCAUGAAACUAGCUGGCAUGGCUGCCGUACUCUUUGGCUUUGAGGAUCUGCUCUACAGUUGGGACAGCCUGGUGUGGAAUUUGACUUCCCGGGCUCUGAGGACGUGCCGGUUUGGAAAUCUGCGGGUCCUGCAGCUGAUGCUGAAGCCAUGGUGCAUUUCCAGAGCGGUUUACCAGAUGACGGAGGGCCGCCGAUGUCAAGUGCACCUCCUCGAUGACAGGAAGCUGGAACUUCUCGUGCAGCCAAAGCUUUUGGCCAAGGAGCUGCUCGACCUGGUGGCAUCUCAUUUCAACCUGAAGGAGAAAGAAUACUUUGGAAUUGCCUUCACAGAUGAAACGGGACAUUUAAACUGGCUUCAGCUGGACCGUAGAGUGCUAGAACAUGACUUCCCCAAAAAGUCAGGGCCAGUUGUUUUGUACUUCUGUGUCAGGUUCUACAUUGAGAGCAUAUCUUAUUUAAAGGAUAAUGCCACCAUCGAGUUGUUUUUCUUGAAUGCAAAGUCCUGUAUUUACAAGGAACUCAUUGAGGUUGACAGCGAGGUGGUGUUUGAAUUGGCCGCAUACAUCUUGCAGGAGGCGAAAGGAGAUUUUGCAAGCAAUGAAAUUGUAAAGACUGACUUGAAGAAGCUUCCAGCCCUUCCAACGCAAGCCCUGAAGGAGCACCCCUCCCUUGCUUACUGCGAGGACAGAGUCAUCGAGCAUUACAAGAAACUGAGUGGUCAGACCAGAGGCCAAGCGAUUGUAAAUUACAUGAGCAUUGUAGAAUCCCUCCCAACGUAUGGAGUCCAUUAUUAUGCAGUAAAGGACAAGCAGGGAAUUCCCUGGUGGUUAGGACUUAGCUACAAGGGCAUUUUCCAGUACGACUACCACGACAAAGUGAAACCAAGAAAGAUCUUCCAAUGGAGGCAGCUAGAGAACCUGUACUUCCGAGAGAAGAAGUUUUCCGUGGAAGUUCACGACCCACGCAGGGCGUCUGUGACCAGGAGAACGUUUGGGCACAGUGGCAUUGCCGUGCAUACAUGGUACGCCUGUCCUGCGUUGAUCAAGUCCAUUUGGGCUAUGGCCAUUAGCCAGCACCAGUUCUACCUGGACAGAAAGCAGAGUAAGUCCAAGAUUCAUGCUGCGAGAAGCCUAAGUGAAAUCGCUAUUGACCUGACUGAAACUGGAACGCUGAAGACUUCAAAACUAGCCAACAUGGGAAGCAAAGGCAAAAUUAUCAGCGGCAGCAGUGGCAGUCUUUUGUCAUCAGGUUCCCAAGAGUCAGAUAGCUCGCAGUCUGCCAAGAAAGACAUGGUGGCUGCAUUGAAAUCCAGGCAGGAAGCUCUGGAAGAGACACUGCGCCUGCGACUGGAGGAGCUAAAGAAACUGUGUCUCCGAGAAGCGGAGCUCACAGGAAAGCUGCCCAGGGAAUACCCCCUAGAUCCAGGGGAGGAGCCACCUAUUGUAAGGAGAAGAAUAGGGACUGCCUUUAAACUGGAUGAACAGAAAAUACUGCCUAAAGGAGAGGAAGCGGAGCUGGAGCGCCUGGAGAGGGAAUUUGCAAUUCAGUCCCAGAUCACUGAGGCUGCUCGGCGCCUGGCCAGUGACCCCAACGUCAGCAAAAAGCUGAAGAAACAAAGGAAAACCUCCUACCUUAAUGCCCUAAAGAAACUGCAGGAGAUCGAAAACGCCAUCAAUGAAUACCGCAUCAAAUCUGGAAAGAAGCCAACGCAGAGAGCCUCCCUGAUCAUAGAUGAAGGAAACAUCGCCAGUGAAGAUAGCUCCCUCUCAGAUGCCCUUGUUCUUGAAGACGAGGAUUCUCAGGUUACCAGCACAAUAUCCCCCUUACAGUCACCUCACAAAGGACUCCCUCCCCGGCCACCCCUACAUAACAGACCACCUCCUCCACAGUCAUUGGAAGGACUCAGACAAAUGCACUACCACCGGAAUGAUUAUGACAAGUCCCCUAUCAAGCCCAAGAUGUGGAGCGAGUCAUCCCUGGAUGAACCCUACGAGAAGGUCAAGAAACGCUCCUCACACAGUCAUUCCAGCAGUCAUAAGCGGUUCCCCAGCACAGGAAGCUGUGCAGAGGCUGGAGGGAGCAGCUCUCUGCAAAAUAGCCCCAUCAGGAGCCUCCCGCAUUGGAAUUCCCAGUCCAGCAUGCCAUCUACACCAGAUCUACGGGUACGCAGUCCGCAUUAUGUCCAUUCCACUAGGUCAGUAGACAUCAGCCCGACCAGACUGCACAGCUUAGCUCAGCACUUUAGACACAGAAGCUCCAGCUUGGAGUCACAAGGCAAGCUGCUUGGGUCAGAGAACGAGACGGGGAGCCCCGAUUUCUACACCCCAAGGACUCGUAGCAGUAAUGGCUCUGACCCCAUGGACGACUGCUCUUCCUGCACCAGCCAUUCCAGCUCUGAGCACUACUACCCUGCUCAGAUGAACCCCAACUACUCCACCCUGGCCGAGGAUUCCCCCUCCAAAGCCAGAGAGCGGCAGAGGCAAAGGCACAAAUCUGCGGGAAACCUGGUCUCUUCUAAUUCAGGGAGCAUGCCCAACCUGGCGGCAAGGAAUGGAACCGGGCAUCCGGGGGUCUAUCUGCACAGCCAGAGCCAGCCUUCCUCUCAGUACAGGAUCAAAGAGUACCCCCUGUACAUCGAAGGCAGCUCCACGCCCGUGGUGGUGCGCAGCCUGGAGAAUGACCAGGAGGGACACUACAGCGUGAAAGCACAAUUUAAAACCUCCAACUCCUACACGGCAGGGGGGAUGUUUAAAGAGAACUGGCACGGGGACGAAGUGGACUCAGUCAGAUUGACCCCGUCCCGUUCUCAGAUCAUAAGGACUCCAUCUCUGGGCAGAGAAGGCCAUGAGAAGGGCUCGGGCAGGACUGCAGUAUCAGACGAACUCCGGCUGUGGUACCAGCGGUCCACAGCCUCCCACAAGGAGCACAGCCGCCUGUCGCACACGAGCUCCACCUCCUCGGACAGCAGCUCCCAGUACAGCACAUCUUCUCAAAGCACCUUUGUGGCACACAGCAGGGUAACGAGGAUGCCUCAAAUGUGUAAAGCAACAUCAGCUGCAUUACCUCACAGCCAGAGGAGUUCAACACCAUCUAGUGAACUAGCAGCUACACCACCAAGCAGUCCCCACCACAUCGUAGCAUGGCAGACUGGAGAAGCAACAGACAACUCACCCACUAUGGAUGAGUCUCAGUCUCCAACUCACCAAAGUACUGAUGAAUAGAGGAGCUACAAUGAUAGCUGUUUCCUGGAUUCUCCCCUCUAUCCAGAACUAGCAGAUGUCCAGUGGUAUGGACAGGAAAAAGCCAAGCCUGGGACUCUAGUGUGAACCCCUGACCUCAAUCCGAUCACAUCAAUGCCAUUCUGAGAUCACCUCACUGCCUCUCAUUUGCCUUACCCAGAUGCACUGUCGCCCGGCACCAGCUUCAGCUAAGCACUUUUCUCGAAAUGCGAUUCAAGAUGCCAUUACAGAUACUAGCCCCAGGCUGCAUCCGCAACCACCAAUGGAUAGCAGUGUUUCAAACCAGAUUGCCACUGACUGACAUACAACUCCUAUAGCCCAAAGGGCCGGGGGUGGGGACAGUAUGAAUAACUAUAUUAGCAGCCAGAUGGCAGCGGGGUUUUUUCUUUGAAAGCCUUUCAAGGUAUAAAUACAAUCUUAUAGGUCUACGGCAUGGGAAAAUAGUAAGAUUUCUACAACUUGCAGUCUGAAGCCAACAGAACAUUAGUUAAGGGGGCAAGAAACAGCGGUUGUGAAAUAUAUUCCUUACUCGUGAAGUAUUUAUUUGGAGUAAAGAAAAGCUCCUCUUGCUUCAGAGAUGUGUCAGAAUAUCGCAAUCAGUUCAGUGCUGCCAAGAUCACAGAAUGACUACGAGACGAGAGCACGGGCAGCGUCUCUGUAAGUGUGCCCAUUUCCAGAGAUGACAGUCUACACUUUGGAAACUGUUUUUACUUCCUUCCUCACUUUAAGCCCUUCCAAAAAAUAAAACAACCACCACCAAAACCCAUUGGGAUGAAGACACACCAGAGCUGUGGGCUGGGAUCGUAAAAUCAAUCUCGAAAAGCUGCUGUUUAAACUGGACAGACACAAAGGUUUACAAGGGUAUGAUCUCAAGCAGAGGCAAGUGCUGCUACUCUUAGCAUCUGUGGCUGGCACAGGCUAACCACCAAUACAUGCAGUUUUUGUUUGGGGUUUUUUGUAACACAUGAUAAAUUAAGGUGAAAAUUGCCAAAAGCCGUUCUAUGAAUAGAAAUAACCAAUAGAGGAUAUCCUAUUUAUGCACAAAGUGUUUAACAUGAAAUCAAAGGAAAGCACAUUACGAGCUAAUUGACGUGGUCAAGCCACAUUAGCAUAACGGUUCUGAUUAUUAUGCUUUUGGUAAGUGCCAGUGUAGCAAAGGGCUCAUCACCAAAGUAUUGGUAUCCAAGGGACCCCACGAUGUUAUAAAGCGGAAGGGUUCAGUAGGGUUCUCUACGAACCAGCAGACUAGGCAAAUUUUCAGAUUGCAAGAAGGGACCAUAAUGAAUAAAAGCUAAUUAAUUAGUAACCUUGAUGCACUCGACACAGACUCUCGUUGUCUACGGAUACCAAAAGGAACCCUAGGAGAGAGUCGUGACCAGGAGCUGCAAGUUUACAUAUACUUUGGAGCAAUGCUUUACACAUGUCAAGCCAUCAAACGGCAAAAGGCCUCAAAGACACUUUUGUACUGAACUAGUGCACAAGCUAGGUGGGGGUGGAAGCUGGCACGUCUCAUCUUCGCUACGGUGCUACGCUGUUUUUAUUGCCACUAGAUGGGGUGGGGUCCUCGCCCCAUUUGUGCGUGCGGAUGACGAUUUCCUAUGGGAAAGGCAAUUAAAGAAAUGGCUGGAGGGGGUUACUUUGUGAAAAGCAGAAACUGAGGUUAGCUUUAGUUUAAAGAAAUCAAGUGUGCUUGCGUGUGUGCGUGUGUGUGUGUGUUCGAAGAAUAAUGCUAGUCUACCAGACGAGGGCAGGAAAUUUAAAACUAAACUUGAGGGCUGCCACACCUUUUUCUUGUCACAGUAUCACUGGGAAACUGUUUUUUACCGGAAGCUUUCAAGAGCACGGAUUGCCCAUAAUGAGGCUUGGAAAGAUGAGGAGUAGGGGGAGUGUUUAAAAAUGAAUGUUAGCAGUUACUGUGAGUGCUUUUUCCUAUAUCGUUUAUAUGUGUAUUGACUUGUUUUAAUAUUCUGCACUUACCUGCUACCUUGCAGUCUCCCUAUACUCCUGUGAGACACUGUAGGAGCUGUGGCUGGGGGCAAGUGAGGCCUGGGGCGGUUAUCUGACUUGCCCGAGAGCAGGUAGGAAGAAAUAGAAGUCAGUUAUAAAAAUCACCUCUCCAUAGAGCUGGCAAAUUUUUGCACUGGCAGGAAAUUUAAAUUUAAAACACUAAAGCCUCUGUUUGCCAAAAGCUGGGAAUGGGCCACAGGGGAUGGAUCACUUGAUGAUUACCUGUUCUGUUCGUUCCCUCUGGGGCACCUGGCAUUGGCCACUGUCGGUAGACAGGAUACUGGGCUAGAUGGACCUUUGGUCUGACCCAGUACGGCUGUUCUUAUGUACUAAUCAUUCCAAACCUAAUCUCUGUGGAAGUCAAGAAUCAUUAGCUAUUUAGAAAUAAAAAACAUAGUUGACAAUGAUCAUCUAUCUUGCCAACCAAGCACUAGGCAGAUCUGACAAACGGGAGAGGGCACCUGUUCAUCUAAAAAUGCAAUAGACCACGUGUGUUUAAUUUUCCCUUGCUCUAAAUAUAAAUGACUAAUGAGGGGAUUGUUCUUACUGCCCCACUUCUGUUUUUGGAUGGAGAGAAGACAUCAUUGAUGAAUAGCCGUUGCUGAUUAAACUCUAAUCCAUUCAAGUCUAACUAUAAACAGAGGGCCCAGGUUAAUCGCCAGGCAGGAAUUAGCCCAAGAAGUUCAUGGGCUUUGAGCAACUGUCUAUAUUUUCAUUUCCCUAGUAAAUAAUUUUUCUGUGUAGCCUUUUUUAUUUAAAAGGAUUCAAGCCCAGCAGCACAACCGGGACUCUGGACCUCUGGAUUCUACUGUAAUACAAAUUGCUAAUCAAAAUGAAUUGCUCCAGAAUCAGAGCAGGCCUGCAGUUUUGCAGAGAGCAAGGGGGUGGCAGCCCUGAAGUUCAUGAUGUUCUAAGUCACAUUGCAAACAAUUUGGUGAGCCUGCCUUGCCAACAGGCUCGAGGGGAGAACCAUCUUUUGAGAAAUGGAUUGGGUUUUGUGUUGUGGUCUGCUUCUCUGGUUUGCAGUCAAGGCACGCGUGAGCCAGUCUGGUAGUAAAGACAUUAAGUAAAACAGGUUUUACUGUUUAGCUCAAUUCAAUUAUACACAAAUGUACAUACAAUGUUAAUCGAAUUAGAUUAACAUGGUUAAGUAUAACAUGGAGGGGUAAAACAGAACUGUUAUAUACGAGCACUUGACUACCAACUUACCAGCCUCCCUUUUUCUUUUUCUUUUUUAAUAAAGGCCCUUUUCGGCUAUAAAGCCACUGUUGCAUUCUUAGUCUGUGUGUAUGAAAGUCCCUUGGUUUAGCCAGAAGCGUGGUGUAUGCAUACACCAGGCCAUAUUGCGAGGCAGGGUUUAUUUUUAAAUGAUACUAUAUGCAGUCGAGUGUUGAAAAUGUUGAAAAGGUCAAAUUUGUUUUCCCUCUGUAUUAGUUUUAGUUUUGGACAUAGCAAACCCCAUUCAGGUGCUAUCAGAUGACCAGUUACUGCUUAGUUCACUAGAUGUAAAGUUUUACAUAUAUAUUAAUGUCAAUAGUUUUAUUACAAGUUGUGUAAAAUGGACUCUCUAGUUUAAAAAAGAAAAAAAAUAGGUCUCUCUGAAACUGACUUUAGAGCAUGUAAAAUGAUUUUACUGGAUUCUGUUCACCUGUAAUCAGGGGGAAAAUAUGUAUGUUGUAGAAAAAGUUGCAGAAUUUUGAAAAAAAUCUGCUUUUAAUUUAUUCUUUUUGUAUUAAGAAUUUGUAUAGUUACCUUUACAUUUUGCAAAACAGUGUUGUCAACACUUCCUUAUUAAAGCAUUUUCAA